CGCAUCCUCCUCCUACUACUACAACCACUUGUUAAUCCAUCAACACCCACAACCACCCGCACACAUCACCGCCAAAAUGCUCUCCUCAUCAAGCACCGCCUUCAAUCCCCGCAAGCGCCUCUCCAUCUUCACAAACUCGACUCUGGGCCACGACGUCAGCGCCGCCUUCAAGGCCUCUGCCAACCUCUCUCGCGCCUCGGGUUUCAACGAGACCCCGGCCCCGCCCCCAUCUCCAGUCGACUUCAGCUUCCCCAGCACGCCCACCGAAAGCCGAAGAGGAAGCACAAACUAAAGCAAAACAAACACACACAUACACACAAAAUACCCUUUAUUACUCUUCUUCUUCUUCACCAAUUGUUUAUUCUUUCUUCCUUCCUUUCUUUUUUGAAUCUUCUUCUACCCUGUUCAUGUCCUUUUU